AUGUUCCAGUCCAGCAGCGGCUUCCUCGUCUUCUCCUCCCCCUCCAACUCUUCUUCUUCUUCUUCGCCUCCUCCUCGCUGCCGGCGUGGGGAGGGCGGGAAGAUGUACUUGUCGAGGGAGCCGUUGGGGAUGAACUCGUAGACGAGCAUACGCUGGCCCUUCUCGGCGCAGAAGCCCCAGAGGCGCACCAGGUUGAGGUGGUGCAUGCGGGCGAUGAUGUUGGCCUCCGCCCAGAAGUCGGCCUCGCUGCCGGCGGCGUCCUUGAGGCGCUUCACGGCCACCACUCGCCGGUCCGGCAGCUCCCCCUUGUAGACGACCCCGAAUCCGCCGCUGCCCACCUCGUCGCUGAAGUCCUUGGUGGCCGCCUUGAGCUCCGCGUAGGUGAACCGCUUCGGCCCCCCGGCGGGCAAGAACUCCAGGCCCAGCGCCCUCGCCAUGUCCCUGUACUGGGAGUACCGCCGGAGGAAGGCCCAGAAGGACAGGAUCCCCGCGAGGAGCUCCAGCCCGAAGGCCGUGCCGAUGAUCCCCAGGUUCCUCGCCGUCGUCUUCGACUCCUUGGGCGGGUCCGGCAGCUGGAUGCGCACCGGGCACACCGUCUCCAGCACCGAGAACAAGCCCGUGAAAUUCGAGCGGUCUUUCUCCCCCGCGGCCACUCGGAGGAACGUCCUCGUCUCGGUGGCCGGCGACCAGAACAGGUUCACCAGCGGCUCGCCCCGGUGGGUGCACUUCCGCUCUCCGGUGUACUUGUAGGUGAAGGCGCUGCAGCUGGUGUUCUGCAAGCACAGCCGCUGGCAGUCGUCGAAGGAGCGGGUGGACUCAUCGAGUUUAGGCGUGCCCGGAAAGUCCGGAAAGUCCACAAAGUCCAAGCUGAGGAACUUGCUGUUCUGAAGAAACUCCCCCGUUUUCCUCUCGCAGGAGCCGCCGCCGGGCAUCCACUUGAAUCCCGGCAGACAGACGCAGGUGGCGUCCAAGGUAGAGCCAUUGUUGAAGCAGAGGGAGUUGCGCCCGCAGGUUCCGUGGAUCUUGCAGGCCUCCGUCACCAGCUGCCAGACCACCGUCCAGUUGCCCGUUUUGGGGACGAGACUGUAGAUUCGGAGGUUGCCGUCGUCGUCCAGGGUGAGCCUCCUGAGGCGCACCUCUUCGAUGUCGGAGGCGACGAUGGGGUCUCCGGUCUCCUUGUUCAGGUAGCCCUUGGUGGUGAGGUUCAUAAGGGGCGAAUUAGCGUUCCAAUAGCCGUCCGUAUGAUUGAAGGUGAGGGUGGUAGCAUUGACAAACUGGUAACGGCCGUUUCGAGAAGUCAAGUCUGUCCCCCGGAAGCCCUGGCCGGGGAGGAUGGUGUGGGUUGGAAAGUCGAAGCUGGUCCAAUUGCCGACCUUCAGCUCGCCGUUAUCCUCCAGCGUCAUCACCUCGUCGCCGGAGUUGGCCUUGACCUUACCGUUGAGGGAGAGGACGCCGGUAGCAUCCAGGGUGAGGUUGGUGUUGUUGCUGUUGCAGUCGAAGGACCAGACGACGGUUCUCCCGGCGGAGUGGUCACUGGUGACCCAGACGGAGAAGGCGUACUGGUCGCCGGAGGGGGACGAAGACCCGCAGGCGGAGGAGCGACGGGCGAAGCCGGCGGAAAAGGUUCGGUUGGCGGAGACGAGAGUACGGUUAUCGGAGGGCGUCCACGGGGAGUCAGAGGCGGAAAAGAAGAGAAAUUGUCGACCUGCCACCGCCGGAGACUGUAGCAGAGCGAAGAUGACGGCGGCGGGUAUCGCCAGUGCGAGGAUGGAUAGAGGAGACAUCAUCUCUUCCCUCUCCCUCUCUCUCCCUCUCUCUCUCUUCCUGCCUCCCUCUCGGUCCUCCCCGCCGCCUUAAGAUCUUAUCUGGGAUUGAAGGCGAAGGUGGAAACGGGUCAAGUGGGGCUAGACCAGAAGGUGUGGACGUUGCCGGAGACUUCCUGGUCGUUUCGCCGUGAUCGUUGGGGCACCAAGAACGAAAUACAUAGCAGAUGGCACGUUUCCAGUGCAUCUUAGCCCAUGGCAUCAUCCGACACGUCAAUGACUCCGAUGAGAUUCGUGUCCGCUCGAUGCCCUCCAUGCGUGUAGAUAGGGUGUGGAGACCACUCUUUGAAAAGCCCCACAGGAAAACUCUCCGGCGGCCGUUGACUUAGUUUCUGGAAGUUCAUUGGCCAAAGGGGCUCAAUAAUUGCGACUGCUUUUAUGGCCAAAAGGACUCUUUGGAAAACUCAAAGAUUUAAUUAUUAAUUAAGCCCAUACUAAAAAUAGGGAGAUAAGGGAUAUAAUCGAAGGAACCUGAUCGUCAUCUCCACAUCGAUACGCAUAUAGAUACAAAUACAUUGCCAUCUAUAUAAUUAUGGCAUUUAAUAAGGGUGUUUAGUUGAUAAGCUUAGGGUGAGCACGUAGAAAGAUUUGGAAAGUAUUAUCUUGGUCAAACCCACAUGGGUCAAGCACCAAAGGGAAAGAGAGCACAAUGUGAACGACGAUGAGACGACCACGUUGUAGGGAAUAUAGGUUUUGAGCUGUUGACCCAACUUAUUCUUCAUUGAUAUAUGAUUUUGAUACUCAAAGCCCUAAAAAAAAUUCAACCAGUCUUCAAUUGACUAAGACCAUAACACACAUACUGAAGAUGGAAUGAAAGUUUGUUUAAGUUGUCAACUUGCUUUUGACAUUAUUUGGGCUGAUUAUUAUUAAAUUAGUUGGAAAAAAUUCUCAAAAUGUAUGUAAGAAAGAUUGACUUGUACUUUUCUUGAAGAAUGGCAUCAAGUCAACCACUACACAAUAACUACCUCCUGGUUGGCUAAUUCAGAUUGUGCAAUCUAGUCUAAGACUCAACAAAAUUUCUCUCAACCUUGUAUUGAAAAUUUUACAUAACACUUUUAAAGGAUAAAAGUAAGAGUUAAGACUAGGGGACCAAAUAUUUGCCUCAGCAAGUAGAUGUGAUCAAAAUCACCACAAGUGGUAGUUAUUUUAUCUCUUAACAUUUAACUAAAAGUUCUACUUUUAGGAACAUUAGACUUCAACUAGAGAUGAUAGUGCAGGUACCAGGAAUGAUCAGUAAAAUAAUUCUAAAUGUAAUAUCUAUAAACCUUAAACAUACCUCUUUAAAAGAUAAAAACCCAUUAUUAUUAUUUUCUUGGCACAAGUGACAAUUAUGUAUCUCAUGUCAUUAAACUAAGAAUUCCACUUUCAGGAAUGUCAUACCACUACUAGAAAUGACAAUUAUGUGCCUGGAAUAUGUUCAAUUAAGUAUUCAAACUCACUUUGAUAAUUCUAAACUUUAGGAUUGUCUAUUAAUCCUUAAAUAAUGAUAAUGGUAAUCAUGCCUUUUUUUAAUACUAACAAUUACUGUCAAUUAUUUUCUACCACAUGUAUGUUGUACAGUCAAAUCAUUACCACAUGUCACAUUUGCCAUCAAACCAUACCCACAUGUCACAUGGAUUGUCAAAUUGAUGUUACAUUUCAUAUGCUAUGUUAGAUCUUUGUGACUUGUCAUACAAAUUGUUAGAUUUUCUAUUUUCUCUAUCACGAUUCAAGAUGGGUCAGCACACACUUUUAUGAAAUGAUAUCCUUCUCUCUCCUUAGGUAGGAUGACACACUAGGUAGACCCACUUUCUCUCUCCUCUAGUUUCCCUUUGAAAUUGAUUUUUCUAUUUAAUUUUCCUUGGCUUGAUAAUUAUAUGACUUUUGACUUAUGCCCUAUUCAUUUGAGGCCUAAAAAACACAUUUCCUUAGCAAUAAAACUAGAUUGAAAUAUGUAGAUUUUGAAUUGGUAAUUAGUCCAUUUCAGUAUAUUUAAUGGUAAUUUUAGUUUUAUAUUUAUUCAAUUAACUUGCUAUCUUCGAAAUCAUUAGCCUCAAUACUUUUCACUAUACUCACCCAUGAGAAUUUUUUUGGUCUAAGAGGGAUUACACUAACUUUUUGACAGCAAUGUUUUUUUUCUCAAUUUUUCUUUCAAUAUGUUGUCAUAAGAUAUUUUCAUGAAAGGUUGCUUCAGCUAUUUAUUACCACAUUGAGUGGUAAAGGAAAAAAUAACUGUAAUUAUAUCAAAGUUCAAUAAAUUAAUUUAGAUGCAUUCAUUGAAGCUGCCCUCUUUAUUAUAUUUUUGACAGUAUCUUUUAUUUUUUUCAUGUGGUUUUUAUAUAAUUCCCUUGGUUAGAAUUUAUUUUUUUUGAAAAUCAUACUUUCCAUUGCUUUGAUGAAACUUCACCUUGUUAUAUUUAUAAGAUGAAAAAGCUAUUUAAAAAAAUGUCUUUACAAUGUGUUUGAUGCACCAUGUACAAUUUCAUGAUAGUUUUUUCCUCCCUUGAUGAAUACAUAUAAUAAAGUGUACUGCAUUGUUUUCAUGAUCAGAAAUUUAUGGCCCAUAAAAAUUUAACAUUCUUUAACUUUUUCAUUCUGUCAUAGCAUACUUCCUGUUUUAUUUGCAAAAUAAACAAGUGAACAUGAAUUUAAAGAAGAAAAACAAGCUAAAAAGGUACACCAUAAAAUUUCUGAAGUCCAUUAUUUUUUUGAUAAAUUAGGAAAAAGAGAAAGGAAAGAUUAGAAAAGGUGAAUGUAGAUCAAUUAGAUGUAACCAAACUAGGCCCCCUUUCUUCAUCUAAGUGUGGCCAUCUGACCAGGAGAUAAAACAUUGUCAAUAUAUUUAAGAGUAGUGGAAGAAUGAAAUAUUUUCCACAAAAUAAAAUUGCCAUCUACCCUUUGUUCACAAUGUAUUGGAACAUGUUAUGAUUGAGUCUUUUUCUAUUAUGUACAUUGACCCACUUCCUUCGUCAUUGAUAGUGUUAAGACUUCAUUAAAUAAGGUGAGUCAACUUCCACAAUAAUAGUUUCCUACAAAUUGAGUCAACUCACUACUGAUUAAAUUAAGGAAACAUGAAGAAUUAAGGAGUGAAUUGGACUUAUUCAUAUUCUCUAUAAUUUUAUAAUAUUUUUUGAGAUCUUAUAAUAAUAUAACAUGAUGAUAUAACUCAUUUUUGGCAGAAAUAUGUUUUAAACGAAAGAAAAUACUCACAAGGGUAAACUGGUCCACCUAUACAUCAAAAUGGUCAAAUAGUUUUUUUUAUGCAAGUUUUUGCCACAAGUAUUGUCAUGUAUGUAUCUUUUGGAAGGAAAAUUGAAAAAAAAACACGAUACAAUAAAUAUUGCAUCAAAAUUAGAUAAAAUUUCAUUUUUCUAGAUUUUAAAACAUUAAAUGACAUUUUUUAAAGUUAAAUUUACGCACAAAAUUAUAAAGACUGCACUUAAACUCUCAUUACAAAGGAUUAAUGGUGUGAUAAUCUAGUUUUUUCCAACUUAGAGUCAUGAAUUUUGAAAAUAUUAGUGGGGUUAAUAUGGUGUUUGUGGCCUAAAGCUGUGAAUUUAAAAGAAGGUUUCAAAGUGAAAUACCAAAGGUGGCUUAAGUUGUUAAAUAGAAGUGAUAGACACACUUAAGCUUUUGUAUUAAACAUAAGUCAUCAAGUAUUAGUGUAACAUAAGGAUUUAAUCAAUAGAGAGUGAAGUAAUUCAAACUAGCCAAAUUGUUAAAAACUUUAUGGGUAGAAUUGAGAAAAAGAUCAGUAGCUCAUUAAAUCUUCUAUUCACAGCACUAUCUUGGUCUAAAUAUUUGAGUCCAAAUAUUUAGACGAAGAUAACUUCUACUGAUAUGAAGAUUUGUUUAAUGGUGCGAAAGUAGCUCUUAGUUGAGGAUUUACCUUUUUUCUAGAAUUAAUUCUUAGUUUUGUGGCUUUAUUGCUUUUGAGGAGAGAGAGUGUGUUUAUUUUAUACUUAUGAUUUUUUCCUAAUUUUAUAGGAUUUUUAAUAGACAUAAAUAGUCAUAAAGUAGUCUUUACAUAACUAUGGCACCAUUAGUUAACUCUCAUUUUAUUGGUUUAUUUAUUUUUCCCUUUUGCACAUCACUUAUUUACUCUCUCCCUCUGUCUCUAGACAUGUGUUGACUUGUGGUGCAAACUCUUUUUUGAGAUAAAACAAGACAAAAUCUUGUAGAGAAAAGUUAUUCUGAAAUAAAUAAUAAAUUAUAUUCAAGAAAUUAUUAUGUAUUUGGGAAUUUUCAAGAAUCAUGUUUAUAUUAAAGUAUACUUGUAAUGUAAACUAAUCAUUUUACCUUUGAGUUUCUUUUACUAAGUUUAAAAUCUAUUUUUAUUUUGUGUGAUUUAGAUUAUCAUUGACACAAUGAAAGUUGAUGAAAUGAUGAUUUGAUAGUGUUGUGAAUAGGUUGAGUGCUGUGAAAUCUAGAUCACUUCCUUUAAUCCAUGAGAAAUGUGAUGUUGUUGAAGAUUAUUUACCUUAAAUCCACAUAAUGAAGAAACUUCAACUUUUGAAUCCACAAGGAUUUAAUCUUAAGUCCAUAAAUCCAGAAAGGGUGUUGAAAUCUACAGCAUAGAGAGGAAUAAAUUUUGUGAAAAUGAUUGAUUGUCUCUUGGACUAUGGAUGAGGGCUUUUUAAUAGAUCAAAAAUCAAUUAUUACUCUCCUAAAGAAAAGAGAUUCUAUUAUCUAGCACCUAAAAUUUGAAUUUCAGCCUAUUCAAACAUAUUUGAAAUGAUUGAAAAGUAGAAACUAUUUUUAAAUCAAAUCUAGAUGCAUUUAAGACACAAUUUUGGUGGGCCUGAUUAAUUAUUGGCCAAUUUAACAUUGAAUUAGGCCAACUUAUGUCUUCAAGCUUCUUGGCCGCAAGCACUUAAGUUGGACUCCAAAAAAACUGCUCAAUCACUAAUAUAGUGUUGCUAUGCUAAUAUCAUUACUUUACCUUUCUAAUUAUUAUGCCAUCACCAAAAUUAUUUAGGCUUUCAAAGCCAAUAGUCAAACUUACAAGAAAUUGAAUAUACAAGACUAGUAAGGAUAAAUGUAUAUUUUAUAAAUCAGAAUAUAACUUUAUAAUAUAAAGUAUUAUUAUAGACUUAUGAGGUGUGUUUAUCAUUGAAUUUUAAAAUCGUGUCAUUAAAUUACUCAUUUCUUGAAAACCAGAAAAAAAAAAACAUGAAACUUUUUAAUAGUUAUGAAAAUAAUUUUCUAAUAUAUGUAAAAAUCAAGUAUAAUCUUGGAAAGUUAAAAAUAUUAUGUCAAAUAUAUAUUUUGUUAACACUAAAAGUUACAUUUUACAUGAGUUUUAGUCAUGCAUUUAAAAGUAAUUUUGAGAUGAAUUCUAAUCAAGCUGAAAUCAUCAAAUAUGGAUGGGUUUGUGUGAAAAAUUGUUAUGAUAUGCAUGUACAUGGUAUAGAUACAUCAGUAUACACAUACACGCACACACACAGAGAUUUAUGCACAUUAAAGAACACCAUUCUUUAGUUUGUGUUAAUAUUUUGGUUUAUUUCAUAACUGAAUGGAGAUAGAUAACUGUGAGCUUUCCUAGUUUUUUGCUUUGGUAUUUCAGGUUUUAAUAAAUAGCAGUAUGUGCGUAUAAAUAUAAGCGAGAGAGAGAGAGAGAGAGAGGGAGACCGCUCAACUGUUACAUAUUAAGGGCGACUUCUUUAAUUAUUUGUACGUGUCACAUGUGAUGAUGAUCCCACAAACUGAGCAGACUCAUCGUCACGACAGGGAGGAGGAAGCAAAUCCGAACAAAGAACGUGUCACCAGAUAUUUAUUGGACCAAUACGUAAGCCGCCAUCCAAUACAGUUGGGGGGAGGGAGGACUAGCAUUCCCCCAGUUUCACGACUCGGACGCCAUUGCAGUCGGCUUCCACGCAGCCGCAGAUGUAGGUGACCCCGUUGGCCCCACACACCGGGUCGGGGACGAGGCAGUUGAUGUUGCAGAACUCCUCCGGCGGGAAGCGCCCGCAGAGGUUCCCGGUGGCGCCCUCCGCCGGAGCCACGCCGGAGUUGAGGGAGACGACCGCGAGGAGGAGAAGCAAGAGGGCUGCGGAGAAUCGGGAACCCAUGAUGGCGUCCGAGGACCAGGGAACAGCGAGGAGAGAGAGAGAGAGAGGUAGACCACUGCUCGUCUUGUGUGUAUGUAGAUAUAUAGAUUCAUAUAUACAUAUAUAUAUGGGUGAAGAGAAGAGAAAUGGAGGCCCGGCGUUGAAUGGGUCCGGUAAACGACGCCGGUUCUUCCUCCACGCAAGAGAAAAACGAAAGCCGGUUGAUUGACAGGAAAGAAAGAACGCCGUCUUCCUUUCCCCGUCGGGAAAGUCUUUCGGUUGACUCGGAGGGGCCGGCGAGACGAGAACAGAGAGCACCAAGAGAUAACAGAGCCAUCUAUCCACCAUCGAUCUAGAUGCAUUCAUUCAUUCAGUCGGGCACAGAGGAGAAGAGGAGCAUGAUACACAGAGGAAACCACCCACCCCCUUCUUCACCAUUCCCGUCCCUUCCCCCCCUCCCCCCCUCGGUCGCAGGAGGAGGAAAUGUUCCACUAAGAAUACAAGAAAGAUAGCGUUGACCUAGAGAUACCGUCAAUAAUUAUACGCACUGACUUUCUUUUUUUACAGGUCGCGGACAUUAAGGAAGAGGAGUAGAAAGAAAAGCCUGACCUACUUGGAGAGCACGCUCAUGACGUCGCCAGGGGAGAAAUGCGGCAGCCCCGGGUUGCCCACCUUGGGAGACUCCAUGAAGCCCAGGUGGAUCUCCUGCUGGGCCCUGCCGGUGUCGUCAGCGCCGCCAACCUUGUUCUGGUUCAGCGCCUCCGGUGGCGGGGUUUCGACGUCGUCCACGGCGAAUCUGCUGGGGAUGAUGCAGGUGUCCUUGCCGACGAAACCCAGAUUCCUCCCCUGCAACUCAGCGGCGCCGCCGAGUGCCGCUGUCGAUCGGGCGGAGCCAUGAGCGUCGCCCAAGUUGGGGACGAACCCAGCCAGCCGGCUGGCGGGAUUCAUGCUCAGAGCCGAGCCUCUCCACCCGUCACAGGGCGAUGCGCCGGCGGCCACAGCUGCGGGAGGAACCGGGCUACCAUGAAAGUACCCACUCUGCAUGACGGCGUUCUUCAGGUCUCCCUCCGCCACCACUUGCCCGACGCCCAACGGCAAGGUGUUCGAAUGGGGGAGAAGCAUGUGAUCCAUGGCAGGGGCGCCGUAGACGGGAUGGGUCUGGCAGAUAGUGGCGGCGCCCCCUGCCUGGAGCCCCUUCGACAACUGGGAGCGGAGCAGCACUGCAGCAUUCUGACUGAUGGAGAAGGGGUUGUUCCCGAUCUGGAAGCCGGUGGGAGGCGGCGAUGGGGAGACCAGGCAGGAAGACUGGACGUUCAUGGGGAGAUGGCUGGCCUCUACCAGGCUCGGCAGAGGCAGCGGCGAUGGCUGUUGCUGCUGCUGCUGCUGCUGCUGCUGCAGCAUCUGA